AUGACGAUCACAGCUGGUCUCAUCUAUGUCUCUGCAGCUCUGCUCAGUAUCACAGGUACUCUAUGAACAACCAUUAAGUACAAUAUAUUCUGAGAUGUUAAUCGAUCUGUGAGAUGAUGUGUGAUUUGUACCUUCCACAGGUGUAAUCCAUGGAGGUGACGUCGAUCAGGACCUCCAGAUUUGGGGGAAAGAGGGUCAAAAUGCUACGAUGGCCUGCAGUCACAAAAAAGAUGCAACUUAUUUCCAGAUGUACUGGUUCAGACAGCUGCCAGGGAAGAGGAUGGAGCAGGUAGUCCUCACAACCACAUCUCCACCGUAUGACUAUUUCCCCGGCUUCAGUAAGGACAAAUUUCCUGCAGAGAGACAGUCCGUUCAGAACGGCUCUCUGACGGUGGUGAAGCUGCUGCCUGCAGACGGGGGAGUGUAUUAUUGUGCUGUAAGCAAACACAGUGAUACAAGUGGUUCAGGCAGAUGCACAAAUACCCCACUAAUGAAAAACAGACAUCAGAGAUUUAGUGAAACCUGAAGGGGGCGCUCCAAACCUGUAUGCAAGGUUGAAGAGUGUGUGUCCUCUUAUUAUACACCUAUUUUCAAUUUGAACCCAGUAACACAAGGUCAUUUUCACCACCGAGUAACAUCCACUCUUCUUCAGAAAAAAGGUGUAAAUGUUCUGGGACUGAGAAGACAAGGUUCCUGAGAGUUAAAUGAAACAUGAAGGUCUUCUCUGAAAGAGUUGUUGUCUGGAUAGCUUCUAAAAAUAUUGCAGAGGAUAUCAGGAAGUGAUAGAGGACUACAGCAGUGAAGACAUGAUGGUUCUGAUGCUGAAACAGGAGGAUGUUGUUCUUUGGCACCACCCACCUCAGUUUACUGAAACGAGGUCUUACUGAGGAGGAGUGAAGAAAUCACAGAUGAACCAACAUCUUAAAAACAGCUCUGACAGAAGAGAGUGACUUCAGGAUGAUCUGUGUCUGCUGCUUCGCUUUGAGUCUCUUACUGUUUUCAGGUCUUAACAUGUUUUUUACUGUCAAAGAGGUUCAGGAGAUAAAAAUGAUCAUGUUAAACUUCUGUCAGAUCUUUAUAAGUCAGUCUGAUCUUCUCCACAGGUUCCUCUGUGAGUGUCAAAGUCACACAGACUCCAGCAGAUCUGUUCUACACACCAGGAGACACGGCCAGAAUCAACUGUUCUCACGAUGAGAGUAGAUACGAUCAAAUCCUCUGGUAUAAGAAGACAAACGGCACACAGAUGCAGUUACUGGGAUAUAUGUAUUAUACAAAAGGAUAUCCAGAGGACAAAGUGAAUAUGACCUUUGAAGGUGGAGCGAGCAAAGACCAGAACUGCACAUUAAUCCUUGAAAAAGUCGACCUGAGCAGCAGUGCGGUGUAUUUCUGUGCUGCGAGUUUACACGGUGCUCUACAUCACUGCUCAUCAGUACAAAAACCUCCUCUUCAUAACAGCCCACAGACUCCUGCACCUGGAUCUCUUCCCUUCAAAGAGUUGUUAUGAACUUAAACAGACCUCCACAGAGCUGAACCAGACCUCCUCAUGGACCAAUCAUCCUCCAGACUUCAAUCAAUAAAACACUCCUCUUUGAGCAUCUCUCACCUUCUUCUUAACCUGUUCAAUAAUCACAUGAUUUGAUUUUGAAAUAACUCGCUCUCGUACUGAUGUGACCUCAGAGUAAAGUCAGAUAAUCAGCGACAGUCUGAGUUAUUUCUCUGUACUGUGUUUUAGCGUCUGUGUUGAGGUCAGAUCUUCUAAAUCUCUGACUCCUCCCCUCUCAGCUGAUCCUACAUCAGUUCAGUCUGCCCGUGAACGCAGACACAGAGAGACAGAUCAGGACAUCAUGAUCAGGAUCCUUCUGCUGCUUCUCCGCUUCUGUAGGUUUGAACUCAAACUCUUUGAUAAAAAUCCUUCAGUGUCACCCUAAUGUCACACCGCUGUCUCCUCUCUCUGUGUGCAGGUCAGUCACUGAGCUAUGAAGUCCAUCAACAUCCUCCGUCAAUCUUGGGAAGUCCUGAAAGUACUCAAGUUAUCAGCUGCAAUCACUCUGUCAGUACAUUGAAUGUGAUUUUGUGGUAUCAGGUGCCAACAGGUGACUCUAAACUCGACCUCAUUGGAUAUAUUCAGUAUAAAAGGGAUGUUUUGGAGGAGAAACACAAACCGCACUUCAACAUAACCGGAGAUGGCUCGAAGAGAUCUGAACUUCAUGUGCUGAAACUCAGACAGGAGGACAGCGGCGUGUUUUACUGUGCAGCGAGUACACAGUGA